GCAGUGCGAGGAUUUGGAGCUGAGUUCAUUAUUCGUGUGCCCGGAGCAGCACUGCCGUUGGCAGACAAACAGGGAUCCGCAGCUGCUUUUAUCUGCGGGCACCUAUAGGAUACACACAGGGACUGCCUGGAGCUGGAUUAAUACAGCGCACGUUGCGGGCUCUUCGGAUCUCAGACACAGAGAGCAGCAAGGGUUGCCGGAUGACGGAUCCCCUUGAUACCAGUGUGGCCCCUUUUGGUAGCUCAGGAUACAGUGCGUGUGAGCACGAGUUUGCCGUUUGGAGUUGAUUUGUUGGCACAGCCAGGGGUUACUCCUGCCUCAGUCACAGCCACUCAGGGAGUUGGAUUUCCCCCGCCGGUUGGACUCUCUUUGCUGUCAGGGGGUCGCUGGCUUUGACUGGAGCCGAAACGUUGCGUUUGUUCAGUGAUAGUUUCUUAGGGCGGCCAGAUGAUGGCACUGAGCGGGGACUCGGUGUGGAAGUACAGCCUGGCAGUUUGGAUUCUCUUGCUCAGGACUGCGAUCUCCUGGUCCACAGUGCUGGAUCCUAUUUACUGGAACUCGUCCAACGCCAGGUUUCUUCCUGGACAAGGACUGAUCAUGUAUCCAAAGAUAGGAGAUAAACUGGACAUCAUAUGUCCUAAAAUGGACUCCAAAUCUACAGGCCAAUAUGAGUAUUAUAAAAUCUACUUGGUGGAAAAAGAGCAAGCUGAUAGCUGCACUAUAAAAGACAGAACACCUUUGCUCAACUGUGCUAAGCCAGAUCAAGAUGUGAAAUUUACUAUCAAGUUUCAAGAGUUUAGCCCAAAUCUCUGGGGACUGGAAUUCCAAAGAGACAAAGACUAUUACAUCAUAUCUACAUCAAAUGGCUCUUUAGAGGGUGUGGAUAAUCAAGAAGGAGGAGUAUGUGUAACAAAAGCCAUGAAAAUCCUCAUGAAAGUUGGACAAGAUCCCAACUUUCAUAACCAUCGAGGCGCGUCUUCAACAAGACGCCCCGACCAUGAGUCUGGUACCAAUGGAAAGAGUUCAACCACUAGUCCACAUGUCAAUGGCCCUGAAGGCUCUAGUACAGAGGGAAAAAAUGCUGGACACUCAAGUAUCUUGGGAUCCGAGGUGGCCUUAUUUGCGGGGAUUGCUUCAGGGAGCAUAAUCUUCAUUGUCAUCAUAAUCACUCUUGUUGUGCUGUUGUUGAAAUACAGAAGAAGACACAGAAAACAUUCUCCCCAGCACACAACUUUAUCACUCAGUACAUUAGCCACACCAAAACGCAGUGGCAAUAACAAUGGUUCAGAGCCAAGUGACAUUAUUAUUCCUUUAAGGACUGCAGAGGGUGUAUUCUGCCCUCAUUAUGAGAAAGUAAGUGGGGAUUAUGGACAUCCUGUUUACAUUGUCCAGGAGAUGCCACCUCAGAGCCCAGCAAAUAUUUACUACAAAGUUUGAAGAAUUCUGUGGUACCUUUUGACAUACAGGACACGUAAAGGUCCAUUGCUUUCUGAUGGGUUUGAAGUGGCUCGUUAUGCCUAAAAAUGGACUUGAAUGGAUAAAGGGCCCGAGGGAAAACCUUCUUCAGAGAGCGCCUUCUUAAGCUGGAUUGCAUAUGGAACCUAAUGGUCCUAAUGUUAAGACAAAAGUAUUCACUGAAGCUGGAAGACUUUUUACGAUUUUACCCAUUGUGAUAGCUAUCCACUAGUCAUGUUCAUCCUCCUUUAAGCCAUGUGCACUAGGCAUUCAGGCGUAUACAAAAGCCAGGUGAAUAUGGAGUUUUUCAAGGACCUUAAUAAUUUAAGCAUAUUAUAGAUGCUUUAGGAUUAUCUUGAAAUGCAAUUUUCAGACUCGGUAACUCUAGCUUUCUCAGUGUGUACUGGAUUUGUCACAAAGGCCUGUGAGUCUAAGACUGAAAGAGUUUUAGUCCAUCACUUUUUCAAUUUCAUCUUGUCUUCAAUACCUUCCUUCACAAAAGGUUUCAUUUAAUUCCACCUCUUCUAUAAUGGCAUAUUAACCUUUGGGGUCUCUUACUCCAUCCAUUUCUACUGCAGUCACACUUGAAUGGGUAAUAUAUUAUGGAAAUUGUAUUUACUAAUACAGAACCUUCCAGCAAGAAGUUACACUGUCAGCAAGUCCAGGUGUCUAUAAGAUAAACUGCUGAAUGCAGUUAAAUGCCACUGCCUCUGAAAUAAAGAAAAUAUUUUAGGCAGAAGAGCACUUUGGGGUUAUCAGUUUUGGAGUGGUGGUAAGGGAGAUGCAGAUGAAUAUACUGUGCAGUAAGGCUGCAAUACAGGGAAUUCAUUCUGAUCAAAAAGAAGAGCAUUCUGAAUUCCAUUACAGAGAAGUACUGACUGAGAUGGUGCAUAGGUAGGUAGAAAAGGGCAAAGGAAAGUUGUGGACACUAUGUGCUUGCAAGUAGUAGUAUUGGCAAUAAAUGUAUGGAAGCUGAAUGAAACUCCUAGUCUGUGGCUGAUUUCAUUGGCAGACUCAGGUGCGAUACUGACCAUAUUAUUCCUCAGACCAGGAAAGUUUUCAUGAGAAGAGCAGAAAGCCAAAUCUGACCUAUGGUUCAAGAGCUAAGGGUCAAAGAAGAAAGAUGCUCAUUUCACAGAUCUUUCUUAUAAAGGCAUAAAAGCUUUUGUGAUGAAGCCACUUUAUGUGGCUUUAAUGAAAACCGUGUUUGGACACCUUUUCUUUGUGGUAAUGAUCUCCCAGAGGAGCGUGGCAUAGAUAUAGAGAAGAAGCUGACAUGGCAGUCCACUGGUGCUAUGUUUCUGUGAAAAGCACAUAUGGCAAAUGUUUUACAGUUCUUAGGAGUAAAAUAAAUUAUUAGUUAUGGAGAACAGUAAAGAAAAAAAAAAAUACUUAUUUAAUAGGUGUAUAGCACAUGGGAUAUAUAGUAAAAUAUUUUACUAAUAUAUAAUAUUAAAAUUGCACAGCCUGCCCCUUCAAGAAGAGAGGUGAAAUCCAUUUUAGCAGCAGUUUAAUAGGCUUUUACUAUUGUUCUUACAGAAAACAAUUGAGCAUUGCUUCUGGGGGGAACAAACAAGCGUUUUCCAAAAAAAAAUAAAAAAUACAAUAGUGAGAAAAAACUUAAAAAUAACAAAGCCUUCUAAAGGCGUCUCUCUCAAGAGCAGACUAGGAAGUGCAAGCCCCUAAAAGCAGGAAAUCUGUGUUACUACAUCAUCUAUUUAACAAUGACAAGAGGAUCUGCUGGCAUUUAUUUUUUGCUUUAUGAUUUCCCUUAGCCUUAACGCAAUGAUAUUAUAAAAAUUCAGCAGGUUAGACAGCGCAAUAUCUUUUUUUUUCUAUUUCUUCUAUUCCUCUUUGUCUCCUACAUUUAUGUGCUAUGCAAAAUAGAUAUUAUCAACACAGUCCUGUUUCUAUGGUAACACUUUAGUCUGAAACGGAAAGAAAAAAAAAAUUAGCAACAGCAUUUUAAGAUUCUUGAGCCUGUAAGAGCACCUUCAAAAAUGAACUUUCACAGGAACAAUUGCUUCAUCUGUUUUUCUUUUUUUCCCUUCUUAAAAAAGGUUUGAGUGGUCAAUCAAACCCCUUAACACUUACAGCAUAUAGAAAACCGUAUUUGGCAGAUUUUUUUUCUUUUAGCCGUAGAAAAACACUUUAAAUUAUGUGCAUAUUUCCUUUUACUUUCUGCAAGAACAUUUUGGCAGUGUUUUUAACCUUUUCAAUGUCUGAGGCAGUCUGCCUCAACACUACGACAAGGACCAUGCUCUCGUUUCUUUACAUUUAGUUGUGAGCGUUCUUUUAACUAAAGCUGUGAAUUUCAGAUCCAUUGAUAAUAAGCAACCUACAACCACUUGUCUUGUGUGUCUGUUUUAUGUCUGAAGCCGAAUGACAAUCUUCAAAUGGUUUCCUUUUUUAAUUUAGAAGUUGUUUCAGGUUUGGAACGUUUCUGUAAAUGCCUUGCUUGAUAGAUCAUCUGAUCCUUAGUCACCUGACUUAGGAAUUUGCACCAAUAUGUCAAAGUGAAGAUGCUGUAAAUAUACUGAACUGUGUCUGUCUGAAUUUGGGGUGUGUCCGUAGCCUUAUUCACCUUUUUAAAAAUAUUAAUAUAGAAUAAAACAUACACCUGGAAAAAAAGACAGAAUAUGGAUUUUCUUAACCAGAUUGUGUACAUAGAGCAAUGUUGGAUUUUUUUACAAAGUCUAAGCAAAAUGUUUUGUAUAAAAUGAAUUUUUUGCUAUGUAUUUAGCUAUUGCUUGUCUGAAGGCAGUGUCUUUCCCCUUUGCACUGUAACUAGAAAUUAAAAGGUAAAAAAGGUUGCCAAAUUGCUGCAUAUAUGUGCCGUAAAUUGUGUACCAUGAAUAUUUAUUUAAAAUAAUUUUUUCGUCCAAUUUUGUAAGUAACACAGUAUUAUGCCUGAGUUUAUAAAUAUUUUGUUCCUUUUUUUAAAUAGCCUUUCCUAGGUUUACAGUUUUGCUUUAGUUUCACAUUGUAUUUAGCCUCUCUAUCAGUUCCCACCCAGACAACAAAGCUCUGAAGUUUCACAUUCCACGUCUGAAUUUGUUCUUAAAAAAAUAAAAUAUUUUUUCCUAUGGAAA